AUGGCAGACAACCCAAACGAAGUAGAAUUUUGCUCCCGUGUGAUCAAAUGGCAAGGAAAAAACGAUGAAUGCAAGAACAACCAGCGGAAUGAAAGGAGCCCCAAAGUCUGGCUCGACUAUUACAAUGACGUAGUGAGAGAUGAUCUCAAGGACAUACAAGCCAAUACACUAUUUAACGUGAAAAGAGACAUGCUUACGAAAAAAAUAUAUCCCAAGAAUAAGAAUUCCGCUUUAUUGCUACAUAAUCCUUUCGACUUUAAUUUGAAAAAAACUCAUCACGAAAAUGAAGGGAAGAGCCAUUCGGGUGUGAGAACUGCCCACUCCAGUGAGGGCACAAAACGGAAGAAAAAUUUUUUUUUCGAAGAUUUUGUUUGGAAUAACGAAUUGAAGAGGUAUGUAAAGUUGGAACGGGUAGAUGGGGGAGAACAAAGGAAGCAUGGUAAGCAGAGCGGAAACCCUAGGCAAGGCGCCAACUGUGGAAACAGCACCCGGAGAAGCAAUUCUUGUGUGGGAUUGGACAACCGCUCAGGGGCCAUCAAUCACCAAAGAAGAAGCGGAACCUCCCAGGCGACGUACACUCGUUUAAGCGGUGCGCGGGGGUUAGAAACGUGCCAGCGGAAGAAUGGGUCCGUAGCAAUCCCAGCGCCCCCCGUCGAAGCGCCAAGUGUGCGAGGGGGCGUCUACCCGGGGGGUCCCCACAACGAGUACCCCAGUGAGUAUCCCACCGCUAACCCGAACGGUCACCCGAACGGUCACCUGAACGGUCAUCUGAACGGUCACCUGAACGGUCAUCUGAACGGUCAUCUGAACGGUCACCUGAACGGUCACCCGAACGGUUACCCGAACGGUUACCCAAACGAAAGACACGGGGCUGACCCAAGCGCUCACCGGAGCGUAUACAAUAGUGCUGGCCUCAAUUCCUACACAAGUGCUUGCCCAAACGAACACCAUAGUGCCCACCACAGUGCUCACCACAGUGCCCACCACAGUGCUCACCACAGUGCUCACCAUAGUGCUCACCACAGUGCUCACCAUAGAGCUGACCCUAGUGCGUUUCUCGCUGCUUACCAAAGAGGAUACUACAGCACUGAGCCCAGCAUGUACACAAGCUCAAACUACAGUGGUGCAGUCGUUACCUACCCCAACGCGCCUACAACCGACGUGGCGCAUCAAAUCGAAGAAAACCUGAAAACCAUGAUCGUGGAAAAAUCGCAGGCCCUCAAGAACGACACGAUGAGAAGCAAUCAUGGAGAGAAUAUCCUGAUGGUCCAGGACGAGAAAACCGGGAGGGUGAAAAUUGUGGCCAACAAAAGAAUCGAAAUAGGUCAAGUCAUUUUUAUAGAGGAGUGCGUCCUGGAGACAUCCAUCCAGCUGGAGCAUUUAUGGGACACGUUCAAUUCGUUAGACAAGGAGCAAAGAAGAAAGUUGGAUAAAAUUUGCGAGUAUAUGAAUUGGGGGCGGGAGAAUAGGAGCGGGGCACACACACACGCAGGGGUGCCGGCAGAGGUAGCAGUAGCGGUAGCGGAGGAAGAAGAACUACCGAAUCCGGGGGGCAUAAUGACAGACGGUGAUGCACAUACCACAGGACAGGGGGGUGGAAACCAACCGCGUGUCAUUUCCUACUGCCGAAAUGGAGAAAAUACACACGAAAAAAGCACAAGACGCAUGGGACAUAGAACCCGCACAGGAAGUAACAUCCAGGACAAUGGGGAAGAAAAAAACGAAUGGAAAAUUUGUACACGAUUUAAUUAAAUGGAUAAAACAAAAAUCAUGUUGUUUCAGUAUGCGACCCUUUUAAAUCACAGCUGCUUUCCGAACGCUAGCUAUUCCUAUAUAGACAUUAACAAGAUCUGCUUCAUCUCCAUGAGGACCAUAAAUAGGUAUGAAGAAAUUACCAUCUCGCUAAUUGAUGAGCUGUAUGCUUCUAUCCAUCAUAGAAGAAGCAAAUUAAAUGAAGUUAAAAAUGACACUUGCUUCUGCAACCGAUGCUCACAAAUAAUUGACCAGGAAAGACAUAUCCUUUGUCCUCUCUGUAAAUAUUCCUAUGUUAGGAAGGAGAUAGAUCCCAAAUAUCUAAAAAAUGGGUAUCAUAAUGGAGAAGAAAAAGUUCACCUCCAAAGGGAAGUAACUAAGAGACCAUACCUCUGCGCCCAGGGUGACGAAGGCGGCACGGGAUGCUACUCAGGAUGCUACUCGGGAUACUACUCGGGAAGGCCUAACAAAAUGGGAGGCAUUGCCAAAAAGAACAUGAGAAAAAAAACGGGAAUCAAUUCUGAAGACGAGCCCUCCAUACGUAGUGUCAGCAAAAACGAUAAAGCGCAGUUAUCCAUGUAUACUCAAAAGAGUAUGCCAAAUGAGAGAAUACCCCCCCGGGAGGAUACCCCCAAUAGGGAUGAAACCCCAAUGGGACAAUUUAAUAUGCUCAGAUUUGAACAGGGUAUAAACAUAGCCAACAUGUUGAUGCUCAUUUGGCAUACACAAAAUGAAAGGAAUGAAAUUGGGUGCUGCAGAUUUCACAAUAAUGAAGAGCUAUGGAUUUGUGAUACUUGUGGUCAAACAGUUUCUUCGUGUGCCCUACCGGUAGAAAGUGAAGAAAAUUUUACAAAGGAAUAUGGACUUUUGAGAGAUAUCAUAAGUAGCAACCAAUUCGAUAGUAACUAUAGUACUGAUUAUAUUUUAAGUACCAUUGAAAGAUCGCUUAUGUAUAUUAUUGGGAUUUUGGGGGAGAAGCAUUGGCUAUAUGCAUCGUUUAAUUACCUAAUGGCAGAUUUGUGCUUCUCCGUUUGCUGCUACAGUUCGGAUGACUCAGAUUGGGAUAAGUACCUCUUAAAAGGUUUUAAUUCAUUUCAAAAUUUUUUGUGGUUUAUUCAAACGAGAUCUCCACACUCCAUUCACACCGACUUGGUACCCCUGGUGUUGAAAUUUUUUCUUGUCUGUAUUUAUACAUGCAAUUAUAAAACCCUUUAUGAAUUUGCGAGGUCAGGUUUUUUGGAAUUGAUAAGACAGAAAUAUGGCCCUUGGAAUAUUCCCUUCAUGUGUCUCUAUCUUGCUUUUCAAAUUUGCUAUGCACACAUCAAUGGCACGUUGCCCAUAUGCAGGGAGAUCCUUUUGGUGCUGGCAGACAUGACUCGAGUGCGGAUCUUCGGGGAGCUCCCUCGUUGA